AUGGAGAAGCUCGGGCGCCGCCCCGAGGGCGCCGUGCGCCACGUCGUGUACUGGAUGCGCAUGCGCGACAUGCGCAUCGAGGACAACCGCGCGCUGGCGCUGGCCUCGGAGCUCGUGCAGCAGGGCGGCAAGGGCUCGCACCUCAUCGUGCUGCAUGUGCUCAGCCCGGGCGACUUUGCGGCGCACGACCGCAGCCCGCGGCGCAUCGACUUUGUGCUGCGCACGCUCGCCAAGCUGCGCGAGCAGCUGGCCGAGCUCGACAUUCCGCUGUACGUCACGUCGCACAACGAGCGCAAGAAGAUUCCGCACCGUGUGCUCGAGCUGUGCAACAGCUGGGGCGUCUCGGACAUCACAGGCAACAUCGAGCACGAGGUCGACGAGCUUUGGCGCGACAUUGCCACCGUGCAGCAGGGCCCCAAGGCCGGCGUACACCCGCACUUUGUCGAGGAUACGUACGUUGUGCCGCCGGGUGCCGUCAAGACCAACGACGGGCGGCCGUACAGCGUCUUCUCGCCGUGGAAUCGGCGCUGGACGGAGCACCUGAGCAAGCACCCUGAGCUGCUCGACGAGUCGCCGCUGCCCGAGCGCAACGACGCGUCGAUACGCAAGGACAGCAAGCUCGGCAAGCUGUUCGAGCAGGAGGUGCCCGAGGCGGUGCCUGGAUUCGAGUGCGAGGACCGCGAGUACAUGCACAAGCUGUGGCCGGCCGGCAGCGACGCGGCGCGCCGCGUGCUCGAGCUCUUCAUCGGCGGCAAGAAGGGGCAGAUGGACUUUGAGGCCGAUGCCACGGGCGUCGACCAGCCGAUGACGGACGACGGCGCCAAGGACAGCAAGAUUGCGGCGUACGGCACGGCGCGCAACAUCCUCUCCGAGCACGGCACGAGCCGCCUCAGCCCGUACCUCUCCGCCGGCGUCAUCUCUGCGCGUGCCUGUCUGCGCGCCUCGCGCGACGUGACCAAGGGCAAGCUGCAGAUCGGGCGCGACUCGGGCCCGGCGAUGUGGGGCGUCGAGGUGGCGUUCCGCGACUUCUACGGCCACGUGCUGAGCGCCUGGCCGCGCGUGUGCAUGAGCAGGGCAUACCUGCUCAAGUACGAGGACGUCAAGUGGGAGUACGACGACGAGAAGCUCAAGGCCUGGAUGGCCGGCCGCACGGGCUAUCCCAUCGUCGAUGCCGCGCAGCGCCAGGGCGCAAAGCAGGGCUACAUGCACAACCGCGGCCGGAUGAUCGUGGCCAUGUUCCUCACGAAGCACCUCAUGCAGGACUGGCGCCUGGGCGAGGCGUACUUUAUGCGCAGCUUCAUCGACGGCGACUUUGCGAGCAACAACGGCGGCUGGCAAUGGAGCGCCAGCACGGGAACCGACCCGCAGCCAUACUUCCGCAUCUUUGCGCCCCUCUCGCAGUCGGAAAAGUCUGAUCCGCAGGGCGAGUACAUCCGGCACUGGGUGCCCGAGCUGCGCCACGUCAAGGGCAACGCCGUGCACGCGCCGUACGAGCGUCUGUCGAAGGCCGAGUUCGAGAAGCUCGGCUACCCCAAGCCCAUCGUCGACCACAAGCAGGCGCGUGAGCGGGCGCUGCGCCGCUUCAAAAACCCGGGCGAGGAGUGA